AUGGCCGCUCGAAGACGCGGCGGCGGUGGCGCCGCGGGCUCGUUUUUUUUGGCAGGACUGUUGGUGUGGACGACGGUGUCGGCAGAUGACCUGCCCACGGAUGAGUUCACCCCCAGAAGCUACGACGGAGUCGGGAACAACGAGGCGAAUCCGACCUGGGGGGCGGUUGGGUCAAUCGAGUUGCGCUCGGUGGCCCAAGCCGAUUACGCCGACGAGCUAUUCACUCCUCCGGGGGAUCUGACGAGACCGACCGCUAGGGAGGUGAUGACCGACGUAUUUCUAGCGUCGCCACCAGCUGUGUCCACGGAGAGCGCCCUCUUCGUCGCGUGGGGGCAGCUGCUGACCUACGAUCUGUCUCUGACCGUCGACAACUCCUCCGAACCCUUCGAUAUCGCCUGCAACGACGGCAACGGGGCGGAGGGAAUAGACAUCUGGUGCCCUCUAGGGGCUAGCUCGGAUCCCAUCUCCUUCUUCAGGUCGGAUGCGGGUCUGUCAGACGACGAUGGCGCCAACAGUGUGGAGACCAGGAGCCCCGUGAACUACGCGACGGCUUUCAUGGACCUGGACUUCGUGUACGGCCGGAGCGAGGAAGACGCGGCGACCCUGAGGUCUUCGGACGGGAACGGUUUCAUGGCCGUCACAGAGAAGGGCUUGCCGUACCUAAACGACGACGGGACUUGGCUGAUCGCCGACCAGCGAACGGCCCGCUUUCCGGUAACCUUUGCCCUGCACGUCGUGCUGCUCCGGGAACACAACCGCUGCUGCGUCGAGAUCGCACCGGGCGAGGGUGCGGAGACUGAUGAGGACAUCUACCAGGUGUGCCGGGGCUGGACUAUUGCGGUUUUCCAGCACAUCACGGAGAACGACUUUCUGAUCCGUCUCCUGGGGGGCAGUGUCUCGGACUUCGUUGAGACCUCGUCUUCAACGUCGUCAGCAUCUUCGUCGUUGUCGUCGUCAUCAUCAGCAACAGCGUCAGGACUAUCGAGCGACGGCGGUGGUGAUACUGGCUCCAGCGGCAGGAGAAUAAGGAGGAAGUUAACGGAGGAGAAAGAACAAGAUGCACUAGAGGGCUACGAGUCCACUCGGUACGACAACACCGAGCUCGCGGCGGCCGUGGGCGCAGACAGCCUCGUUUCCUUCUUCGACAGCGUCGAGGUUGCGGACGUGUUACGAGGCGCGGUGCUGUCACCGGUGUUGGCGGCCAAUUCUUACUUCACCACGGCUGUCUCGAACGGGUCUCCGCUUUUCAAGCUCCCCGUUGACGCUGUGCAGCGGGGCAGAGACCACGCGCUCCCAACCUACAACGAUGCCCGGCAGGCGUUCGGCCUUGAUGUGGCGACGACUUUUUCGGACGUUACUACAUCGUCCUCGUCAUCAUCAACAACGUCGACGUCAUCCGCUUCCGACUCUGACGAACUGGUAGCGACCAUCCUCUCGGCGGCGUACGGGGGCGACAUCUCCACCCUGGACGCAGUUACUGGGGCCUUGGCCGAGCCGAUGCUGACCAGCUCGGGGGGAUUUUUCGGGGAACUUUUGCACGCCGCGUGGAUGGACCAAAUGUACAGAACAUUUCGCGGUGACCGGUUCCACCACCUCCACUCGAGGAGCAUCGAAGACGUCUCUUUGACCACCAUCUCGGACUUGCUCAACCGCACGACCGGCGCCGCCGACCUCCCGCUUUCAGCCUUCGCCGCAGCCGGAGUGGAGGUGUGCGGCGCGGACUGCACGGCGGUUGGCGAGGAGGACGUCGAGCUGUCGGACAGCUACAAGAUGGCGUGGGAGGUGCAAGAAGACGAGGAACUCAUAUCGUUCUCGCUCAGUGCCAGGGACAUCGGUGACCGUGGGAUGUUAGGCGUCGGUUUCGGGGGGCUGACCAUGUCUGACGCGCAGGAUUUCGUGAUCUGCGAACUUACCUCGACGGACGAGGCGGAGUGCAUCGACCGGCAACCGACGGGAGGGCGCUCCCUCCCGCCCCGCGACGAUGAGGACGCUGUCCUCGAGGUCCAAAGUGUGGAAGUGGACGGAGAAUGGACGACAGUGACCUUCUUGAAACCUACCGCCGCGCUAGACGACCAAGACUACGACCUCGCUCAGGAUAUCAAGGACGAGGAAGAAACCGAAGUCAUCUACUCCUUCGGAGAGAGCCUUGGGCAGCAUCCAACCUCCAGCCGAGGGGCCAGUACGAUCAACUUUGCUACCGGGGACGUUGAAAUCGAGUGUGACGAGAACAAUUUCGUGUCUCUUCACGGAGCCCUGAUGCUCAUCGCCUGGAUGAUCCUAGCCCCGUGGGGCAUCUACUACGUCAGGUACCGCAAGGGUGAGGAGAUCGACUUCAUCUGGCGCUACGAGUGGUGGGAAAUGCACGAGGAGAUCAUGAUCGUUGCCUCGGAGGCAGUUUUGCCCCUCGGCAUCACAGCGAUUUUUGCUUCGGGGUCGCAGCGCGGCACUGAACACGCGCACUGGGGUUACUACAUGAUCAUCGCCGUCAUGGCCCAAGUGCUAUCCGGCUGGCUUCGAGUGAAAGGGCUGGGAGGCAAGAACGCCAACUUUUCCGUAUUUCACCGGUUCAACAAGUUCUUCCACAUCUACGCCGGGCGCUUCGCCUACUUGGCCGGUGUCGUUCAGUGCUACCGGGGGCUCGAGCUCGUGGCUAGCGACGACAAGCUUAUAUUUUCUGCUGGGGACGGCCUCGACCUACAGCUGGGCAGCUUCGGGUUCGUGUACGAAAAGGUCUUCCCGGCGUGGUUAGGGCUGAUCGCGCUGAUCUUUCUGUACCUCGAGACAAGGAAGCAGUACCGCCGCUACUUCAAGAAGGGAUCUGCCAAGAUUUUAGGGUGUGUGGAGAUCAUCAAUGAACGGCACGACGGCAAGGGUGAUGCCGAUGAGAACGGAGUACCGCAAUACCAGAGGCUUGUGCCCAGAACCGAGGACUUACCCAUAUACAGUCUCGCGGAGUUCAACGAAAAGGUGCUGAACGGUCAGAGCUGGUUGCUCGUGGACGGCGCUAUCCUGGACGUGUCCGAGUUCACGGCCCGGCACCCGGGGGGCCGGCGCCUCAUCCUCAACGCCCUGGGCACGGACGUGACCGCCGAGCUCCUCGGCGAAGAGAUGUCUGUGGGGCACGCCAUGUCCUUCUCUCCGAACGUUCACAGCGAGAGAGCCUGGACUAUCCUGAAAGGGCUGGUGAUUGGCUACAUCGACGAGGAUGAUGAACAAGAGGAAGACGACGGCAACGACAAUGUCGAUGGCGGCAAGCCGCUCUCCGCGGCACGGAAGGCUGCGGAGAAGAAGAAGUUCACUAUCGCCGGACAGUCGGCCGUGUUCAUAGGCACGAGGGGGUCCAUCCGGUCCGUCCUCACCGGCGAUGCCAUGGUAAUACCGGACAGGUUCCAAAAGUCCGCUAAGGCAAAACGGCUGAAUGGGCUGGCGACCAUUUCUACAGGGAUGGUGGAUGUUGCGGGCGCUCCCGGAAGGACAUCACCCCAGGAGAUGGGAGCGCCUCUUCGUCGUGUCCUUCAGAAGAGGAGCACCUCUGACAGCGGGCGGUCCCUGGAGCGUUUCCACGUGUGCCCACUGCUUUUCCGGGAGAGGAUGGGGGCCGUCAGCUCUUUCGGGCGAGGCUACCUGCCCACCUCCCGCCCAGUGUACCGGUACAUAUUCCUGUGCCCCGGCCAGGCUCAGAUUCUGGGAGUGGUCCAGCGAUCAUACAACGCGUACGCCGUGAGGGUGCAGGACACCAACGGCUCCUUGACCCCGGGAGCGAUAAUGGGGGGGCUCUCACAAGGAAGCGACAAGGGACAGGGGACGCUCAAGGUUGUCCCCGCUGGCGAGACAAAGGCGGGGGUGUUGUGCAUAGAGAUGCGCAUCAGGCUGUACACUGAUGGCGCCAUGAGCAAGCUGCUCGAGAAUCUCGCGAAGGACUCGGACAACCCCACGGUGCGGCUACAGGCCCCCUUCGUGAUCCAGAAACUAGUCCCACCACCGGCACACCGCAACGUCAUGAUGAUCGCCGCCGGGACCGGUAUCAACCCAAUGGUGCAACAAAUCCGAGACUACCUGGCCCUCCCAAAAAGCGGGGCGCAGUCGUCGAAGUCCAGGCUGGCCCUUGUGUGGCAAGCAACGAGCGAGGCCGACCUCUUCGGCGCCGACGAGAUUGCGGCCAUGCAGGAGAAGAGCGACGGUUUGCUGGAGGUGGUGAUGCUUAUUAGUGGGCAGCACCGAAAGAGGAAUAUUCCUGGGGCGGCAUUCCGGAAGGGGGCCGAGACAUUUCUGAAGAAAGCUGGCCUCAUCUCUCCUUCGGUGUCGGCUCCCAGUAACUCAAUCAGGCAUUGGACCCCUGGGAGGCCCUCCAGAGAACUCUCCAUGGGCACCAUCAGCGAAGCGAAGCCGGGAGUCUUCGUCUCCGGUCGUUCCGUGGUGCGGGACAACACCAGUACAAGCGCAAGCACUAAGACCAUUGCAACUCGUGCGUCCAGUAUCGAGAGGCGGAUGUCCAGCACUGUUGUGGGAACGCUCACACGGGGCAAGGUCAGCCGCGAGGUGCUCGAUGAGGUGUUCGGCCCGAACCUCCUCGGCAUCAUGGAGGCAGCACGCACGAAGGACGAGGAUUCCCCCUCCAUGGACCGGCGACGACCCAGGGUAACUGGAACCACAACCAACACAAGCGGCGCCGCAGAAGGAGGAGGAGACCUAGAAGAAAAGGAACGAGAAAAAGAAGACGACUAUCGCGACGACCGUGACCUGGCAGACGAACUCGCCGGCAGUGACACUACCCCUGGAAGGCUCCAGGUGGUGGUUUCCGGGCCGACCGGCUUCGUGUCCUUGGUGGAGACCAUCCUGGGCGAGAUGGGCAUCCCUUCGAGCGCAAUCGUGUUGCUCGAUUGA